AUGAAUGACCCGGCAUGGUUUGCCUACCUCUCCGCAUCUAUUUGCGCGACUAUUAUUGUUUCCCUUGGCAGGAAAGAACAGAGUUUUGGUUACAACGUGGACCCCCACGGCAAGCUUUUGGCGUUGCCAGCACCCUCUUCAACUCGCACAGGGCUCCUCAAGGACUCCGCUGGCCCUGGUGAUUACGAUACUCAGGACAACAAUUGGUGGGCAGGGGUUGGCGUAGUGAAAUUCUCGAAAGGAGCGCGGAAGACCAUUUUCGACGGGGACUGUGCGGCGAAGGAUCGACGACCGGGCCCAGGUGACUACAACCCCAAACUGGAGCCGCGCUACCACCUGGAUAUGCUGGGCUCCGCUCCAUUCAUGUCGGGAGUUCCUAAGGGUGACAAUCGUCUCCAUGGUGGCCCUGGUCCAGGACAAUACGUUUACUCCACCCCAUUGGGUGUGAACAUUUCGGCGGGCAAUGUCCCGAACUUCAACAGCUGUGCAAAGCGUGGAGCCUGGCUCCGAAGUGAUCAGUAUCCAUACAGUGAGCCCGAGAGUGGAAGCUUCCCAGGACCUGGUGCCUACGGCAGCUUGCAGGACAACUCCAGCUUCAACAAAACGGCCCCGAAAACGUUGACGGACGAAAAGAUAGGAUUUAGUUCGACGGGAAGGAGAACAACCGCGGGGUCGCAUUCAGCGGAAAUACCCGGCCCAGGUCAAUACGACCUUGACCUGCAAUCCAUUGCGGGAGGGCUCAAAUAUAAACGCCGAAUUGGAUGCAAAGGUGUUUUCGGAAGUAGCGGUGACCGGUUCCGAAUACGGAAUCAGACCGAUGAGAACAUCCACAAGACGCCGAUGCACCUUUGGGAUCAAGGGAAAAUACUUAAAAGGGUAGUGGUGCUACGGCCCGCGCCAAAGUCGUCCAGCAGUUUUAGGUCAGAGACGAGCCGUUUCAACUCACACUCUGCUCCAGAUGCGCGCAUGAACCCGCCGGCUACGCAGUACGUGAGGAAAGAUUCAUUUGACGAUAUUGUGGAACGAGGCACGAAGUCGAAAUCGAAGCCGUUCUUGUCCACAACCGAUCGACGAGACGGCGGGGCGUUCGAGGUGAAGGGUACCCGGGGUAUUCCAGGGCCAGGCACGUACAACCUCGCCGCUACUAGGACAGCGGUCCCCCCUCCUCGGAGUCGAGCGCAGACAGGACCCAGGCUUCCGCAAGGCGCAAGAUUUAGGCACAUGGCCUCGCGAAAUAAUGUCGGGCCAGGGAGCCAUGAAAUAUCCGGGAGCCUCAUCAAGAAAACUUUCAACAUCACUUUCGGCGGGGCGUACACUCCAGCUGGGACAGGUCGCCUGGUACAUCGUGCAUCCUUCGCUCCAAAAACUCAUGACGCUAGGAAGUUCUCGGGUGCCGUGCCGCUCCAACCCUCGCCAGAAACCUUGAGCGUCAAAGAAAACCUUGCGCAGACAGGUUUAGGUGGACGCGACUCACACAUACUGUAGAUACCCUCUUUGAUUCAUUCGUUACUGUGCAUGUCGUACUGUUUCUACUGUUGAUACGUGUAGUUGUUCCCACCUCGCCAAUGUAUGCGAUGCGUGUGUUCCACUUCGCCAAAGUCGACUCCUCUCAAGGUUGUACCUACGACCGUAUCCCAAGGGCGGAAAACGCCGCAACCAUAUUAGUCACCACUUUGUGUUCCGUGUGUGUCGGUUUGACAUUGACUGAACACUGUAGUUUUUUGUUUUUGUUUGUUUUUCUCCCAU